ACGCCACGUUCACAGAAGAAGAAGGACACCAGCGCGCGCUGUCGGGUUACGCUUUUUUCCCCUGCCCGCUUUCCUCGUAUCUCACUGCGCCGAGCGAAGUAGGGAAUUCUGUAAUCCCGUUUCAAGCGAACAGAAAUGGCCAACGUCGACUCGAGGUGUACGCAGAGCCAGGACAAAGGCGCAGAUGCACCCGCACCUACCGAAUCGCCGCGUCGGCCAUCGUCAUUGUACUCGCUUCGCUCCUUCAGCACCGCGCUCGACGACUACCAGGAGUGCCGGAGCCUGUCGCACCUGGGCAUCCUGAUGCCGAUCUACCUGAUUCCGCUGCUUUUCCUAGGGAUGAAGAUUGGCGGCAGCCUCUACUGCCUGUUCCUUCCGCUCCUGCUUUGGGCAUUCAACUCGCUCCCCAAGCCAGGUGCGGCGUUGAUACAUCUGGUCACCGUGCCACUUAUGGGACUCAUGGAAGCGGAACAGGUCGCCCGCCAAUACCUGACAGUGGACGCCCUCGUCCUGGCACUGUUGUUCUUCCUGGUCGUGAUUGUCGAUCGCUGGAGCGAGCUGGCGCUGUGCCUGGCGAACGGCGUCUGCGAGCGAUUCGGACUGCGCCGCGGCAAGCUGUUCGUGGUCGCCUGCCUGUGCAGCUUCGCGUGCGCGUCGCUCCUUUCCGGCACAGUGGUGUCGACCACGCUGCUCUACCUCCUGGACCGUGUGCUGUCCACCAUCUUCAAAGAGAACAUGGACCGGCCCCCGGAGCUGUUCCGCGGCGGCUCGCAGUUAGGCUCGCAGCAGGAUUCGAGCUCGGUGCGCUCCGUGAUCCCUUCGGACCAGGUGCUGUUCGACCGGCUCACGCAGGUCAUGCUCACCAUGGAGAAGCCGGAGAACACGAAAAGUGGCUUCGCCAGGAGACAGAGGGGUACCGGAGGCAAUGGCGACAAGACGGGGACCACUUCUGGGCCAGAGACCGGACACGGGAGCAGCCCCGCACCAGCGACGGACGAUGCGCCCCAAGUUCAGGAAAAAACUGCGCCGAAGCGCCGUUUCAGCCUAUGGCGCCAGCUCUGGUCCACCAGGCCGUCCAUAGACUCGGAGGAGCACUUGCAAGUGCUGACGACCGUUCCGGGAACGUUCAGCGAAAUCCAGCCAACCGGGGAGCAUAGUAUAGCAGAUGGUUCGGUCAAGCCAGCUGGAGCGACUACUUCGAAAUUUGGCUCAUCUUCGGCAAAAAAUGAUAGUCCCGCGUCCUUCGUCCAAGCCUCUCAAACGCCUUGCGAUCCUGGCCUUGUUCGAACGGACAUUGCAGACAGAAGAGGAUCCACCAACCCUACUACACCGUUCCCGACUGUCAAGCAGGGUGGGCCACUUGGACAUCCCAAAGACCCGAGACAAGAGCCCUCACAGCGCCAUGCUUCCUCAGUACCGAUAUCUCAAUGUGAAGACGUAAAGCAAAAUGCCUCGGUAUCACAGGCAGAGAGCUCUUCCGAUAAAGGGCAACAACGGAUGACACGACGAGGCACAUUUAGCUUCUUGUUCAGGAGAAGUGGCUCUCCUUUACACGGGAGCAGCAAGGGUGAAGAAGGCGGCACGCCUUCACCGAACAACAUCUCUUCUGGGCUCUUUCGCAACCUGGGGCUCAUCGCCAGCAAGCUGAUCAUAAGGCGAAUCUCUGCGGUUCAACAGAAGCAGGGCGACGAAGACGCUGGCCUUGCAAAUCGAAUCCUUGUCCCAGGUUCACCCUCAAGCAGGACAAAAACAUCACUUAACCCAGCACCCGUGACCCGUUCCAUGCAGAAAUACCCGGAUGUUUCACAAAAUUGCCUUGCCGCUACUACAACGGAGCAUACAGGCUCCACCAGCAAUUCCACUGCGAUUGUAGCCACCGCCAAUGCCAGAGAUACCAACCUUGCACGCCUUCCUUCGAAUACUCCUGUCGCAAAUACGUCUUCAAACCUCGGCGUGCAUAAUGCAUUGGUCUCGUACGAGUCGGAUUCGGUCAGUCGAACCGAACUUGUUGACCCGGAGUGGUCUUCGAAUUGUCAUACACCAGAGCGCCGCAAGAAGUUAUCCAGCGCUGGCCUUCCUAAGGCCAAAUAUGACGUAGGAAUGCGCCCCGUCAACAAACUGGACCAGAUGGUGGACCAACCACGCGAGAAGCCAACUUACGAGAAAGCGAGUAGGGAGCGUCGCGACGAGAGUGACACGGUUGCUACAGUUAUCGCCGCCAACACGCAGGAAGGUGCCGCAAAGCGCCACAAGAGUAAGACCCGUGGUGCCAAAUCAGUGAAGAAAAUUGACUCCAGAGAGCGUUCAUAUGGAGACAACUCCACUGUCCGAAAGAAACGCAAACGCUCUCGAAAAGAAAGCAAGGACUCUGCAGCAAGUCCGUCCCGCCGCAACAAUCUGCGUCCUACAAGCACAGCGUGCAAGCCACCACAGCGACCGCAAGGUGUUAUUGUUCCAUGGUGUGAAGAACAGCCAGAGAAGAAAGGCUCAGGUGGCGACCGUGCCACAAACGAAGUGAUGAGUCAUGGUAUUCAAACUUUUGAAACAAUGCUGACCGAGAAGGACCACCAGAUCGAUGUUAAUGGUAUCGAUCGUCCUCCCUGUGCUGCCGCAGCUGAAACCAUGCAACAGCUAGACGACGGGAGAAGCAAUGAUGCCUGUCUUACCGUACCCGACGCUGAUGUUGUGAACAAGGAGCCCCCAACGCAAACGGACACCGGAAAGACCGAAAAGGCGGUAACGUCGCAUAUCAAGUCAAAGCGUGAGUCUCUUUCACAAUCCAAAUCCCGUGACGAGAAACGCAGGUCAAAGCUUGCCGUUGGAAGCCACCAUGGCUCAAAUAUACCAGCAGCCAAAGAACAUGCUAAGAAAACUAAGAAGCUUGCCUCCAUCGAUAGCACUCACAAGGAAGAGCAACGCGGGAAACGAACAUCUCAAGAAGAGACGCGUAUCAAGCUGGCCAAAACAGAAUCGGGGCAAGUGUUGCAGCAACCUAAAGCCGCGGAGACCUAUGUGAACGGGACUGCGCACGAAAAUGGGAACGCACUUGAAGCUCACAAAUCGACUGGGCCAGAGAAACAAGCCGCUGCCAAGGACAUCAGCUCCAUUCAGGAUUCCCCAUCUGCGCAGAGCCGAUUACCAUCAAGUCAGGAGCCGCAUCCUGCACCUAGGACCGACGGUCCUUCGACUCGUAGCACUCGAAGCAAGUCGGUAGCAAGCACGCAACCAGCCAGGCGGAAGCAGUCUGUCGUGUCUUUCGGUGCCGAUGUGAAGGAACUGAUGCUGGAAGCACAGCUGCCGCAGCGUCUCCCAGAAGCGCCCACGGCCUUAGCGCAUCUAAAGGAAAUGGCUGAUACAGGCUCGUGGCAGAGGCGCCGGUCGACCAUGCCGAGGACUUCCAGCUCUAUGGCUGUACUACGACGGGCAUCCUCGGCUGACUUCGGUGACAUACGAUACGUAGCCAACAGCCGCACCUCUCGGCGCUCGACGGGCAGCAUGGCGACGAUACUUGACACUGACGUACGUGAACAGAGCCGGCAGACUUUCACACUGCGACGCACAAGCCGCCUACGCAGCUUCGGUGCCGAGGAGACCACCACCCGCAGCGCAGACUACCGUCCGUCGAUGUUCGGGAGCCAGAUGGCAACCCAGUUCAUGACGAUGGUUAAAAAAACGAAAGUCAGGAGGGUUGAAGAGACUUCCCAGCCUCCAGUGAACACGUUCAUGUGGGCGAUCGUGACUCUGCCUGGAGCAGUUCUGGCGCUUGUAACGUGCACCACCGUCAUUUGGCUGCUCUACGUAAGGCCUCAUGAACCACCAUCUUUGUCACCCGAGAACGUGGCGGUCAUCAGAUCUGCUCAAGAGAGGAGCGCAAUCAGGGGAAAGACAAAAGGUGUGGAGUUCGCAUGUGCCACGUACCUGGCCAUCAUUACGCUCUCGUACGCGCCUUCACUCGUGCUCGGCCUCGAACAGAGGAUGGCUGUGGUGGGCGCACUGGCUUCCAUGAUGCUAGCGACGAGUGUCCUGACAUCUUGCAUUCGAGCCGCCUUCGAGUUUCUGCGCCACGUGUGGGAGACACUGCCCUGGGGAAUUCUGAUCCUACUAGGAGCGACUCAGGCGGCCUCGAGGCUGCUACAGACCCACGGUAUUCCAAUCGAGGUGUUUAAGUCGGUGUCUGUGGUGGCCUGGGAGGAGCGCAGCGUGCUGGAGGUGCAAGCCAUGCUGGCGUUCGCUGCGUCGGUCCUGGCUGAGACCACCGACAAGCAGGUCAUCGUCGACAUCAUGGCGCCCAUGGUGCUAAGCAUCGCCGAGCUGAAGCAGAUGUACCCGGCUUACUACGCUAUCCCAGUUAUAGUGGGCGCCUCCAGCAACUUUAUCAUGCCUGCGUCGGUGCCACUCGCCAUAUUGCACGAGCUUUCGAGGGUGCCCUUCUGGAAGCUGUUCCUCCUGGGUAUGUUCGCCAAGAUUGUGGUUAUGAGCAUGGCCAUUGUGGCCGUCAACGUGGUGGAGAGGGCCGGCUUCCUCGGCGGCCAGACGCCUGCUGAAUGACACGACUCCCUCCGGGGCACUGGAAAUGGUUUUAUUCAGUUUGUGCUUUAUUUUUGGCGUAUAGCUUAAUUGUAUCACACGUUAGGCAAGGAGGCCCCUCCUGUGGCGUUGAAAUAGUUAGAUACACAUCUAUUUAGUCUCUUUGUUCCGUCAUUUCGCCUGAAAGAACUUUUACAAGACCGGAGUUUUUUUUUCCCCGUCGAUGCUGAUGGAUGUAUUGAACGUUGUUUGACGUGGUAGCCUACAGGCGCUCGUUGCCAAACCAGUGCUCGACCAAGUUAGAGAUGAAACGCCUCGCAUAUAUCUUUCACAGUUGUCAAGAUAUCGCCUUGAACUCAACGUUAUUUUUUUUUUCACAAUGAUGACUUGCCCGACUACGCGCUUUUUUUUCUAAAGAACGAACUGACGCAUGCACAUUUUCCUGUGUACAACAGUUUCUAUAGGCGCAGCGUCAUUUUUUGAAGUACUGCAUUUUGAUUUACGCAUAAAACGAACGUUAUGCUACUUAAUCGAGAGUUCAAUGCCCGAAUGUUUGCAUAGAAGCUACAGAUGACAUGGACACACCGACCAGAAAAGACUUUGGUGAUGGGUGUAUUGCAGCGUGAAGUCAUCUUUUACUUGCAAUGGAGAUACAGCUGGCCGAGCAUAAAUUGUUCCCGUAAAUAGGGCGACAUUAAUAAAUGCGCAAUCGUCUAUAAUUUCUCCAUCUGAUUGUUUUAAUUUGAGCACGUGUGCGUCAAUCCACGUAUAUGAGCACAGAUCUGCUCUAUUUGCUGUGCUUUUUUUUUACCGCUCGCAGUUUUCUCUCUUGCUGUCUUGCCUCACUUGCGAAAGACUGCCGUCACAGGCGGCUUUUAUUUGCAUUCGUACGACUGAGAAACUAAGACUCCACUUCCAGCAGCAGAUUUUCAAAGUCCUUCCAAAGGUAUCCUUAAGCUCAGCCAUACAUGCACGUGAUUUGUACGCCAGCUUCCGCGUAUAUAGUGUUUGUGGCGGACGGCACGCAAGUGCCCCAUGCGUGUAGUGGCAGCCGAAUAAAGCC